UGUGUGUGUGUGUGUGUCAGACUGGAACAAUAUGGCGCCGGCAGCAGCAUCAGCAUCGUUAGCCUCGUUAGCCUCGUUAGCUCCAGGACCCGUGUCUGUGUGAAUGUGACCCGGCAGGAUGACCCUCUGUGCCCAGUACCUGAGACAGGCUGAGGCCCUGAAGGCUGACAUGACAGAUUCUAAGCUUGGGGCAGCAGAGGUGUGGACGUCUCGUCAGGCCCUGCAGGACCUGUACCAGAAAAUGCUGGUGACUGACCUGGAGUACGCUCUGGACAAGAAGGCGGAGCAAGACCUGUGGAAUCAUGCUUUUAAGAACCAGAUCACCACCCUGCAGAGCCAGGCCAAGAACCGAGCCAACCCCAACCGCAGUGAGGUCCAGGCCAACCUGUCGCUGUUUCUGGAGGCAGCCAGUGGCUUCUACACACAGUUGCUGCAGGAGCUGUGCAAUGUCUUCAACGUGGACCUGCCGUGUCGCGUCAAAUCGUCUCAGCUCGGCAUCAUCAGCAAUAAACAGAGCAGCAGCAGCAUCGUCAGCCCCCAGCCCAGCUCCUGCUCCUACAUCUGCCAGCACUGCCUCGUCCACCUCGGAGACAUCGCCCGUUACCGUAACCAGACCAGCCAGGCGGAGUCGUACUACCGACACGCAGCUCAGCUGGUUCCAUCGAACGGUCAGCCCUACAACCAGCUGGCCAUCCUGGCCUCUUCUAAAGGAGACCACCUCACCACCAUCUUCUACUACUGCCGCAGUAUCGCAGUCAAGUUCCCCUUCCCAGCAGCCUCCACCAACCUGCAGAAGGCCCUGUCCAAGGCCCUGGAGAGUCGUGAAGAGGGGAAAACCAAGUGGAGUGUGUCAGAUUUCAUCAAGGCCUUCAUCAAGUUUCACGGCCAUGUCUACCUGAGUAAGAGUCUGGACAAAGUGGACGCUCUGAGGGGGAAACUGGAGGAGCAGUUUCAGCGGCUGAUCCUGCAGAAAGCCUUCAGUUCUCAGCAGCUGGUCCACAUCACAGUCAUCAACCUGUUUGAGCUCCACCACCUCAGGGACCUGACGUGUGACGGCAGCGAGCCGGCCUUCAGCAGCGAGCAGCAGGUCAGCUGGUUCCAGCUGCUCGGACUCUUCAUGUCCUUCCUGGGCGUCAUGUGCAGCCGUGUUCUGCUCAACAAGACCAGGGGGGAGGACAUCAUGGGGGAGUGUCCUCUGCCGGCCAUCAAAGUUUCCCUGGACUGGAUCAAACUGAGACCGAGCGUCUUCCACGAGGCCGCAGUCGAUGAGAGGCAGCAUGUCUGGCCCUGGCUCGUCUCCAUCCUCAACAGUUUCCAGCCCCAGGAGCACGACGUGUCCUGUCCCUCAGUCACACCCCUGCCGGAGGAGUUUGAGCUGCAGGGUUUCUUGGCUCUCCGGCCGGCUCUGAGGUCUCUGGACUUCACCAAAGGUCAUCAGGGAGUCCUGGUGGACAGAGACGGCCCGCCGGUCCACACUCGACACCAGAGACUCAUCAGUCUGGGUAAAUGGGUGGCAGACAACCAGCCAGGGCUGAUUCAGUGCAGAGAGAGUGAGGACGGUCUCCUCCUCUUCAUCACUGACAUUCCAGAGCAGGCCAUCGAGGAGCCGCAGGAGAGGGAGGCACCGGUGCUGCAGGACUCGUCCAACGGGGAACAGAUGCCUAACGACGGAGGACACUCCGGCCUGAAGUCGGUGCUGUCGGCGGGGAAGACGCAGAGCUCAUGGCCUGAUGGUAGUGACCGACCUGUCGUCACCUUCAAGGAGAACAUCAAACCACGAGAGCAGAGCCGCGAAAUGAUGAGGAACCCUCAGCAGAAGGACGCCGGCAAAGAGCGCAGAGACUUCGGUAAAGGCAACGGGGCGGCUGGGAAAGGAGAGCUGAAGAGGGACGGGAAGAGGAAGAGCGAGCCGAAGAAAACCGGCCACGAGAAAACGACUGAGGCCGUGAAACAGGUGAAGGCUCAGACGGAGCUGAGGAAGACUCCGGUGUCCGAGGUGAAGAAGACUCCUGUCACUCAAACUCAAACCACCUGCUCCUCCCAGUUCAUCCCCAUCCACCAUCCUGGAGCCUUCCCCCCCCUGCCCAGCAGACCCGGUUUCCCGCCCUCAGCCUACGUGAUGCCUCCUCCGGUGGCGUUCCCGGGGCUCCAGGUGAAUCCGGGCUUCACCUUCUCCACCGGCGUGUCCGUCCCCGGGCCGUUCCUCCAGCCAGCUGCCCACUCUCAGGCUGGCUCACAGGUUCAGGCUGGAAAGCAGUCCCACAUUCCCUACAGUCAGCAGAGGCCCUCCGGUCCAGGGCCGGGUCAGGGCCCUGGGUCCAUGAACCAGAGCCCCUCCCCGGGUCAGCAGCCCCUGUCCCAGCUGCCCUCCCAGCAUGCCUUGCAGCAGUCUGUCCAGCUGCAGGUGCAGGCCAUGAGCCAGCAGCAGCAGUCUCCCACCAGACCGGUGCAGCAGGUCGGGAUCGGGAAGAGUCCGCCUCACCUCCCAGGACUGCAACAGUACAUGCAGGUCCAGGACCAGCCGGCUCAGAUUUGGAACCAGGCACAGGCGGCCCUGCAGAAGAUGAAUCCCAUGAUGUCCAUGAAGCAGCAGCCGUCACAGACGUUCUUCAUGGCGUCUCCGGAUCCUCUCAAACUGUACGAGCACCAGCUGCAGCCCCAGCUGUCCAACAUGGACAAGAAGAUCAAGUUCCCCGACGCCAAGAUGCAGGACUUCUACUGGGAGCCGUCCUACAGGAUGGGGGACGGCCUUGCCGUGAUGGCAGACAGGAUGAAGAGGCCUCCACCGGGUGGGAUCUGCUCAGAGCAGGACGGCUCCACCGGGCCCCGGGGGCCCCCCUUUGAGGACAAGAGCUCGCCUCUCCUGCCUCCUGACCUGUUAAAAUCUCUGGCAGAUUUUGAGGAGGAGGAGGAGCUCGUCUUUUCUAAGCCUCCUGAUUUCUUCCAGGCCUUGGCUGCUCCUCUUAGUUCUGCUCCUGGACCAAACAUGUUUCUGUCCAACCAGACCAGGAUGGAGAGCGGCCCCGAGGGCGUCAGCCAAUCAUCUUCUCUUCUGCCCAUCUCUGGGUUCCCCAUGCAGGAGUACAACCAGAACAGCAUCUUCAGCCAGGCGUACGGCAAGACCCUGCCGCCCAGCUCCAAGCCUGACGCUCCCAUGAUGCACCAGGAGCCGUCCCUCUACUCCCUGUUUGAAGGGACGCCGUGGUCCCCCUCCCUCCCUGCCAGCUCAGACCACUCCACCCCGGCCAGCCAAUCCCCUCACUCCUCCAACCCCAGCAGCCUGCCGUCCUCCCCCCCCACACACAACCACGGAGCUAUGCCCUUCUCUAACUUCGGGCCCAUCGGCACUCCGGACAGUCGGGACCGCCGGGUGGUGGACCGCUGGAAGGCCGACAAGACCGGAGCCGUCAGCGGCUUCGGUCUGGACUACCUGCCGGCUGCUGCUUCCUCUGCAGCUUCAGACACCAGCUGGCACCAGGGUGCACCGAGCGGCAGCUCCUGGACCAAUCAGGAGUCUCCAAUGGAGGAGUCGUCUUCCACCGUGCUGCUCGACAGCCUCAAGUCCAUCUGGUCCAGCUCCAUGAUGCAGCCGGGCCCGUCGGCGCUGGAGCAGCUCCUCCUGCAGCAGAAGCAGAAGCAGCAGCGAGGUCACGGCGCCAUGAACCCGCCUCACUGAACGGCAGCCGGGCGGCGCUCUGUGUCCGGAUGUAAAACAACCACCGCAGGAGAGAAACUAAAGUUUGACGAAGACGAGCUCCGACUUAAAUGGAAAAUUAAACCGGUGAGAAACGGUGGAGGCCGGGGAGGUGACACGCCCCCCCGACGAGGCUGAAACACCACCCCCACCCCCUCAGCCGUCGAGGAGCGGUGACCCCCCUCCUGGAUCGGAGGGCUCGGGAUCUCUUCACCGAUGGUGCCAAGCGCCACUGCCGGGUUUCCUUCAACCCGCGGAAAUCUGAACAUUGAGGAUCACGACCCCCCCCCCCACCACCACCACUGCCCCAGAAGAACUGCUGUCUCCACGAGGACGCCACCACCUGGACGUCUGCUCGGCCCGGACGGCGUCCGUCUUUAGCGUCUCGGCUGCUGUGGGAGAGCGAGGACAGUGUGGUGGUCCGGUUCGGGGGGGGGUGGGGGGGGUCAGGUGAAGCAGCGGGAGACAAAAUAACAGACUGGACUUUCUGCUUUCUCCGUUCAUUUUCAUUAGUGUGGAGGAGGAAGAGGGGGAGGGAUCUGCAGCUGAUUGGGCGAAUGAAGGAAGGAAAAGGGUUACAGCUAUAUAAAUAUAUAAAUAAAUAUAUAUUGCCAUAGUUGGACUUUAGGCGGGUCGUGUCUCGUAGCCGUGUUGUGAGAACGAGGACUAGACUUUGUGACGAC